AUGUUUGAAAAGUUAAGGGUCCACAAAGCCUUGCACGGAAACAUUGAGCUGAAAGCCAAGUAUCAUGACGAACAAUUAGUCCGCUGGGCCGGUGUGCAAAAGACCAAUUACCGAACAGGUACUCUUUCAGAAUCUCGAAAGCAAAGGCUAGACUUGUUAGGCUUCAAUUGGGACGUUUCAUUAGAAAAUGCCAAUCGCGUCGCGGCCUACACCAGUACCAAGAAUGACGAACGCUGGCAAGAGCAAUACUUGAACCUUGUGGAGUAUCGGCGCCAGGAGGGCCAUUGCAAUGUGCCCUUUGAAUACAAGGAAAAAUCUAUUGGUCGAUGGGUAAGCAACCAGCGAGAGACACAGGCAAAAAAUCUGCUACCAUCAGAGAGGAAGAAAUUGCUGGAUAAGAUUGGUUUCAUUUGGAACGUGAAGGAGCACAACAAGCAGGAAGCAUGGAUGACCAUGUACAGUGCUGCGCAUGCGUUUUUUCAUGGCAACAGGCACCUGAAUGUUCCCUCCAAAGGAAGGCAACCGCGGCCUCCAACAAAAAAGGCAGCAGGCAGCAGGAAGAAGAAAGUUGUGUCCCCCGACACAACGGCAGACCUUGCCGCAGACACCACACCACCCAAGGAUGACGAUGCUGGCACGAAGCCGCUGAGUUUGUUUCGUCGAUUGAAGCCUCUUAUUCUCAAAGUGGUAGGUAAAGGUAUCGUUGGUUCUUCGCAGGACCGCUUGCGUGACUGUGUGAAAUUGCUGGAAACCUCCAUUGAAAUGCAUAAUCAGCAUCCAGAAACACCUCAAGGCUUGGAUACCAAGACGAAGCUGCUAUUUCUGGCGCUGAAGCUAGACAAAGCAUUGGGCGUAUACUCUAACGACAAGGGCAAAGAUGCUACCUGUGUGUAUUGUGCCAUGUACUUGGAGCACUUGCUUCAGAGAGGUACUGGUGGUUGCGUGACGGGUUGCACGGUUGCGGCGGGAGAUACAUUCCUGACGCCUUCAUCCCCUGCCCGAAAGAAGCGCAAAAUGGAAUAA